AUGGCUUCAAGCAGUGAGCCAUUCCCUGCGCGCAGUGAGGAUGAUCUGGGUGUCGCCGAUGACUUUUCCACCUUCGUUACAGGCACCAAGAGGAUGCUGGAAGCAACCAGCAUUGAUAGCCCGGUAAAGAAACGGGCCAAGACGAUUUCGAGCCACGAACAUGAUCUCAUUCUCAACCACGUAGCCGCUUUCCUCAAAGACACUCGCCGGACAGGAAAACUUCACGUCUGGUACAACGCUCACCGAAAACUUUACGACCACCUUCAAGCACGCCGCGCUGAAAUGCUUGCGCACUCCUCCAUCGACAAUAAAGUCGACACCCUGGGCCAAGUGACCAAACACAACGAUUUGGAUAUAUCAGAGAACAGCGACACUCACCGAAACUACUUCGAAGUGCUACUGGGCCGUCUUGAAACUGCUUUGGAAAAACAUUGCCCCAAAACCCAUGACAAGAACCAACCAAAUGCGGCGAAGGAUCCCAAUGAGGUCAACAACAGACUCCCCUGCCUCCAACCGUCCAAAUUCACGCACUCACAACGUUCCUGCUCCGCCUCCCGCCAAGCACUCGCUCAGCACCCGUUCCUCGCUCAGGACAAGACCAUCGAGAAUACCUCGGCAGUCAACGGGAGCAAAGCAGAACCUCCUCGUCGGGGAAAGGCCAGGAGCUACUUCCCAGCGCGACGCUCACGUGGAACUUCCAAGGGCGGUUUCAUCAGCUGCACACCUAUACCUUUGACUUCCACCAGCAAGAAUACUACACCAGAGCCAAAGCCGGAGCCAGCACCGUUACCUCUUCCCUCACACGAGUUCAUCGACCGCGGGCAAUCGAAUUUCCGACCCAAAGCCAUCCCGGGAACCAAGGCAGAGCGCCUUGCUCAGUACAUGAAGUACUGGCCGAGGCUUGAGAAGCCCGACGAGAACGCAGAAAAUCACGACGGACAUGCAGCAUACCUAACCAGCACCUAUUGGCGUUCGGUAUAG